CGAAGUGUCAACCAGUCGACCAGUUGACAGGAUAUUAUAGUCGUUUAUAGACCAUUACUGGGGUCUCCCAGUGCUAUUUUUCUAUUUUAUUCAAAAGUACGGGAGGGGACGUUCUCCCCCACUGUUCCGAAAUCCUUCUCGCUUCUUCUCAAAUUCCAGCUCCAAGGUAGAGUGGAGGGAAAACCAAACCAAGUUCUCACAUUGUCUUUAUAGUUUAUGAGAAAAUGCAGUUUCCCAGGUUCUAUAAAUCAGAGGAUUCAUCAGCUCCAAAGCCCUGUCUCCAACAAGCCUUCUUUAGCAUUCAAAACAACUUCUCUGAUUUUCUACAGAACAUCUCAAACUCUCUUCAACAUCAAAAACAACAGAAACAGCCUAACCUUUCUUUCUUGAAUCCUAACCCAUCUGCCCUGAAAACCCAUUUCGAAUUUGCUUUAGAGAAUCUCGGAAACCAAGCCAAACGGGCGUUCUGCAAAGGCAUUUCUGGAUUUGGCUCUGCUUCUUCUUCUAGCAGAAAUCCGGUUUGGGCUCGGGUAUCUGCACAGAUUGAGACCCUCAACGAGCCAGUUCAUCGUUUUGACCUUGCCAUGUCGACUGAAGCUAUUGAAGAGCGUCUAGCCGGCGUGCCUGUCUAUGCUCUCAGCAACUCCGCCGAAGAAUUCGUAUUGGUUUCGGGCGUUAAGACAGGGAAAUCUCUUGGACUUUUUUGCUUCAAGAGGGAGGAUGCUGAAGCGCUUUUGGAGCAAAUGAGGUCUAUGGACCCUGGCAUGCGCCGUGGUUCUAAAGUUGUCGCCGUCGCUCUGAACAAAGUUUUCCAGCUGAAGGUUGAUGGUGUUGCCUUUAGGUUUAUACCCGACUCUUCUCAAAUAAAACAUGCACUUACGGUAAGACAAAAUACUGGGUUUUCUGAUGAGGGCUUCUCUGGGGUUCCAGUUUUCCAGUCACAAAGCUUGAUCUUGAGGAGUCAGAACAAGAGAUAUCGUCCAGUUUUCUUCAGAAAGGAGGACCUAGAUAAAUCACUAGAAAGAGCUUCUCGCCAGCAAAACCAGUUAAAUCCUGCAUUCAAGCAAGGAGACAUUCAGGUUGCUGUGCUUGAGGAAAUAAUCAAAGGGAUGAAGGAGAGUUUGCCUUCAAAGUGGGAGGAUGUUGUUUUCAUCCCUCCUGGUUUUGAUGUUUCAACUGAUCUUCCCAAGCAGGAGAAGCUCAUUGCAAAUGCAUAGUCAUUAGCAUUCUUGAACUACUGUAAGUUUAUGUACUCUUCAAUUGUCACAUAAAGAUACUUGCCAAGAUACUGGAGGCAUGGUGAAAAGAGUCAACCGUGUUUUUUCCUUCUUUUAAUUUAAUUUAUUUUUUUUUUUGUGAAAUAUAGACAUGAUUUUGUUCUCCUGAAGUCAUGAUUGCAUGUAGAGGUCGACUAGAAGGGUAAGAUUUUCAUAAAUGUAAUGGUUUAACUGAUCUACCAACUGCAAUCUGUUACACUA